CUGGCAAAUAUGAGUUCAACUUGACAAAUGACAACUGCGUGGGUCAGUUCACGGUUGUUGCGUGUUUAGUGUUUACUGUUGAGUAUUAACUAUGGACUGGAGGACGGUUUUAAUGACGCUGGCGGUACUGUACCACGUUGAUGGCUUCUCAAAAUAUGGUCGUACAUGCAAGGACAUCGGAUGUCUGAACAGCGAGGUUUGCGUGUUAGCAGAAGAUGCCUGUUUACAUGGACAUAGCUCCAACUGUGGGACAUAUCCUACAUGCAAGAAGAAGUCCCAAGUGGAAGGUUCUCAUUCAGAACCAGCAAAACCAGUUAUGCCCAGACCGACUCCACAGUCGCCUACGAGAGAUUUUGAUUCAGCACCAAACUAUCCAGCUCCUGCACCGCCUUUAAACAACGGUGGCUUGGGAGGAAAUUCACCUUACGGCGGAAACUCGCCAUAUGGUGGAAGUUCACCGUAUGGCGGGAACAACCCUUCUCCCUAUGGUGGGAGCAACCCUAGCUCUCCCUAUGGUGGCAGCUCUCCUUAUGGGGGGAACUCUCCCUAUGGUGGAAGUUCUCCAUACGGAGGAAAUUCUCAUUCUGGCGGCAAUUCCCCCUAUGGCGGUAACAACUCUCCCAAUGGUGGAAACAGAGGAGGUAGUCCAUAUGGAGGGUCCAAUCCAAGCUCCGGCUUUGGUUCUGGUGGGAAGAGCCCUCUAGAUAGCAUAUACAAUACAAUAAAUAGCUUCGCAAACGGCCAAGGAGGAGCAGGUGGUCAAGGCUUAUCAAACAUCUUUGGGAAUAUCCUGGGUAAUUUGUCCAAGAGUGGAGGGUUAAACGGCCUCUUCAACACUCGACCGUUGAUGGAGAAUCCAAAUUACUCUUCGCACAGCUCGAACUCGCGAUCUAACCCUCAACCUUAUCCAUCAGGAAACCCAGUUUAUCAGACGCCUAACCAAAAUAAGCAAUAUGGGCAAACCGCUCGCCAUAAUGGAGCUACGACGCACAAACCAGUGUCGUAUGGGUGGAACAUUGGGUAAAUAUUGACCUAUUAGCUUCGGUCGUGUAGUCUACUCAAAGAAUUAACUGAGCAUUUACCACUCUCAUCUCACUCUCUAUCUUCCUUACCUUCUAUAUGAAAAUAAUGACCAACUUUUUUUUAAAGUACAUAAAAAUUAUAUUAUAAAAAUUAACGCUCAUAACAUUGCCACAGUAAACCUCACCUGUCUCUUUAUGUCAAACUGUGUUCACGUUGUAAUCAAACAUGAAAGAACAUUGUUUUACUUAUAACCGUGUAAAAUUUAAUUAAAACAUCCCCAUAUUACAAAUUCUACAUUAGAGUCGAUUAUUAAUCAAAGUAUUUUUGUCUAUGAAGUUUUACGCACUUAGCAGCGUUUAAAUAGCUUUUUCUGGUAUACGUGACAAAGAUGACUUCCUGAAAAUCUAAUUUGAUGAGAGUAUGCUCAGUCUUUAUUUCCUUUAUCUAUUCACUCAGCUUAUUUAUUUAUAACACUUGCGAUUGCACAUAAUAUUUUUUUGCCGUUUUUUCGUAUACUGCGCUUUUAUUAGUUAAUAAAAUAAUUAACAUAUUGGGCCCAAGGUUUAACAAUUUUGGAAUACAAUUUACCCAGUGUUCUAAUCCUUAAACAACUUCUAAUUUCUAUGCAGAUUAUAACGUGCAUGAAUCAGCAUUUUAUUAUUUAAGCGAAAUGUAAAUACAAAAUAGUUGCCAUACUUAGUUUUAGAAUGCAUGUUUAAAUAAUUGUAGAUGUUCCACAGAUUACAUUUGUUAUCUAGAAGUGCCGGCUUCGACUUCGUUUUGUUUUUUUUAUAUUGCUAUCUUAUCCGCGCUUCUAGCUUAAAGUGAUGUAUAAGAAAUUACUAAGAAUACUCACAUAUAAUAUAAUAAAUGUUAAUAUUGUUAAAUCUGAUAAGUAUAUUGAAAAAACUAAACUAAGGAUCAAGAAAAUCGAGAACUUCUUGUUUUACUUAUAAGUCGUUAUACUUUUUCUUUCAGUGCUAUUAUGAUGACAUACCUGUUACACCAAUACAUCAACAGUGUGAUAUAAUAGUUAACGCAAUUUUAAAUUUGCAAAUACCCUCUAUGUAAUAAUAUGUUCAUGUAUUAAAUAUAUUUUUUUUGUUAAGAA